CAACAUGUGGUUUUACAGUGGAUCCCUGUCAGCACUAUAGAUCUCCUCUGUUUGGGAAGACAGAGAAAACUACUUCAAGUCAUUAUCUCAGAUCUACAGUAUGGCUAUACAGUUUAUGAAGAAAGAAGAAGAAGAAGAAGAAGUGUGUGGGAGUUGUGUGAAAAAGCGCAGCUGGGGUGGGAAGAUACACCGUGAAAGUUGCAUUUUUACAACACGACUUUCAUUUUCACGGAUGAAGUGGUGCUGUUGAUGUGUCCAUGUGGUGUUAAGCGUUAAAGUACCGUCUGAGUGCCCUCUCCCUCUCUCUCUCCCUCUCUCUCUCCCUCCGUUAUAUCCUCGCUCACCAUUGCGCGAGUAUCAGUUACCGGAUCCCGACCAAUCCCGGCACGCUGUCAGAGCUCGAGAGGAGACAGCAGACCGGAGAGAAGCAGACGCAUACAGAGGGGAGCAGACCCUCCAACCUAUUUAUCCAUCCGACCACCGGCUAUCCUCCUUCACCCAGCACACAGGCAGCCCCCCCACUUCCUCCCGACUGCAGCUGUUUGGGUUAACCGGGGAGGUGCGAGGCAGGAUGCGCCAUGGGACAAGCGUGCGGACACGCGCUCCUCUGCCGUAGCCAGCCACCGUCCUCCGAGAUACGCGGUCAGCAAGUGUUUCUGCGCCCUGAAGAGAGUUCAGCUCCAGCCCUGACUACCAGACAGUCCCCCACGCUGUCCGAACAACUCCAGGAUGCCUUGCUGCAGCUGGCGGCGGUUGUCGAUGCACGCUCGCUUCGAGUGGCCCUCCGAGACAGCAUACAGGAGCUGCUACCCAGCACGGAGUGUGUAUGUGUCUAUUUGCCUGAGGGAUACUCGAGGCUGCUAUCUGACGACCCCCCACACGAACUGCCACAGGAGGGAAAGAUCAGGACUAUCGUGGACCAGCUGAAACGAUGUCAGUGUGCAGGCCUUCCUCUGUCCGAACUGCCAGAGAAAUAUAGAAUCUGCCUCGCAGCACCGCUACCAGCGCACAGAAGAGCCGUUGUCAUUCCUCUCCUGAACCAGGAGCGGGACAAGGCCAUCACUGUCUUACUGGUGGGCUGUAAUCCACUAUCUGAUCAGGAUGAACUGCAUCUCAACAUGCUGGAGAAACACGCCUCAGUGGCGUGUGCGCGAGUCCAGGCCAUUCAGAAGUCCCACCAGAAGCCUCCCCUCAGCCCCUCUCUCUUACAGUCCCACAAUGCACUGCUGCACCUCAACGUCUCAGACCAAGACUACAGCGAACUGGACCGCAACAUUCUCCAACUCUGUGGUGAGCUCUUUGACCUUGAUGCAGCCUCGCUCCAGCUCAAAGUCAUCAAUUAUCUCCAGGAGAAGACUCAGUCGCAGUGUUCUUGUUUGCUACUGGUGUCCGAGGACAACCACCAGCUUUUCUGCCAGGUUGUUGGAGACAAAGUCCUGGAGGAGGAGAUCAGCUUCCCGCUGAUGUUUGGACGCUUUGGUCAGGUUGUCGAGAAGAAGAAGUCUAUCACUCUUCAGGACAUCAGUGCCGAGGAGCGGAGGCAGCUGUCCAGCAUGUUGGGCUGUGAUAUCUCCUCCAUGCUUUGUGUCCCUGUGGUCAGCAGGGCGACUGGUCAGGUGGUGGCGUUAGCGUGCGCCUUCAACAAGCAGAAUGGGCAAAGACACACAGAGGCAGAUGAGCAUGCGAUCCAGCACUGUUUCUGCUACACUUCAACGGUCCUCACUUCAACUUUGGCCUUCCAGAAAGAGCAGAAACUCAAAGUGGACUGCCAGGCACUCUUACAAGUGGCCAAAAAUCUCUUCACACACUUGGAUGAUGUGUCAGUGCUGUUACAGGAAAUUGUAGCGGAGGCCAGGAACCUCAGUGAUGCCGAAAUCUGUUCUGUGUUCCUGCUGGACCGAGUCAGUCAUGAGUUGGUGGCUAAGGUGUUUGACGGAGGCGUGGUCAGUGACGAGGAGAAUGAGUUUCGCAUUCCAGCAGAUCAGGGUAUUGCCGGUCACGUGGCGACCACAGGUCAGAUUUUGAACAUUAAGGACGCAUACUCCCAUCCUCUCUUCUACCGCGGUGUGGACGACAGCACAGGCUUCAAGACUCGCAACAUCCUCUGCUUCCCCAUCAAAGAUGAGAGCAAUGAGGUGAUUGGAGUCGCUGAGUUGGUGAAUAAAAUGAACGGGCCAUGGUUCAACCGCUUCGACGAGGACCUUGCCAUGGCUUUCUCCAUCUACUGUGGUAUCAGCCUCGCUCAUUCUCUGCUCUACAAGAGAGUCCAUGAAGCUCAGUUCAGGUCCCACCUGGCCAAUGAGAUGAUGAUGUACCAUAUGAAGGUUUCAGAGGAAGAGGUUACUAAGCUGCUGGUGACGGGGGUUGAACCCGUGCUGGAGUUCCACCCGUGCUUUGCCGAGUUCACGUACACACCUCGCUCACUCCCUGAUGACACCACGCCGCUGGGCAUCCUCAGCAUGUUUGAAGACAUGGGUUUCAUCAACACAUACAAGAUUGACCUGAACACUCUGGCCAGGUUCUGUUUGAUGGUGAAGAAAGGCUACAGGGACCCCCCCUACCACAACUGGAUGCACGCCUUCUCUGUCUCACACUUCUGCUACCUGCUCUACAAAAACCUAGGGCUAUCCAACUACCUCGAGGAAAUAGAGAUUCUUGCUCUCUUUGUGUCCUGUAUGUGCCAUGACUUGGAUCACCGUGGCACCAACAAUUCUUUCCAAGUCGCCUCACAAUCGGUGCUGGCUGCUCUCUACAGCUCAGAGGGAUCUGUGAUGGAGAGACAUCACUUUGCCCAGGCCAUCGCCAUCCUGAACACUCACGGCUGCAACAUCUUUGAGAAGUUCAACAGGAAGGAUUAUACACGAAUGCUGGAUUUGAUCAGAGACAUCAUUCUGGCUACAGACCUGGCUCACCACCUACGCAUUUUCAAGGACUUGCAGAAGAUGGCUGAUGAUGGAUACGAUCCAAAAAACCGCAACCACCGCUCCAUGCUGCUGUGCCUCUUGAUGACAUCGUGUGACCUGUCAGACCAAACUAAGGGCUGGAAAACCACUCGCAAGAUUGCUGAGCUGAUUUACAAAGAGUUCUUCUCUCAAGGAGAUCUGGAAAAAGCCAUGGGGAACAGGCCCAGUGAGAUGAUGGACCGAGAGAAAGCAUACAUCCCCGAACUACAGAUAAGCUUCAUGGAACAUAUCGCCAUGCCAAUUUACAAGCUCCUCUCUGAACUGUUUCCUGAGGCCACUGAGCUGUACAUGAGAGUGGCGGCAAAUCGAGAGCAGUGGACCAAAGUGUCCCACAAGUUCUCCGUCCGUGGGUUGCCUAGCAACAACAGCCUAGACUUCCUGGACCAGGAGUACGAGCUGCUGCAGUCCCAGGGCGCUUUCGGGAGCGACGACCACUGCAUCAAUGGGUGCCUGGAAGAAGAAGAAGGAGGGAGCGGUCAGUGACGACAGCGGGAAGCUUGAAGUUCUCUGUGGUCCAGUAAGAGGCCGAGGAUACCUUUGGAGUGACCCAAGAGGGAGGGACCUCUCUGCUGUCCAUCACCUAGAUGUUUAGCUGGUCAUGCAGAAUGGACAGAACAAGUUUCAAACUAAUUAAAUCAGAUGAGUGAUUUGAAACGAGCAGAUCCGUCUGAGCCGGUUCAGUGAUUAGACGCCACAUGUUGCUUGUGUCUCUGGUUCAGGAAAGCAGAAGGUGUUGACUUUUGUCUUUUUCAGAAGUUCUACUGGAAAAAUGAGUUUUUAAACACAGGUCACAAGUUCAUUCAUAGAGCACUGGUCCUGAUUAAGAUUGUAAAAACACACACACACUGACAAACAUAUGUACAUGUGCAUACUGUGUCGACACACAACAGACAAAAAACAGUUCUUAUGGAAAAGACUGCUUCAACAUGUAUCAGUGAGAUAAAGUGCUAUACUUUCUGUAAACUGUUUCAUAAUGGCUUAUUUUGAUUUCAAUGGCUCAGCGUUGUUCACACACAAGCAGCUGCCAUAGUCCCUCACCUGAUGCUUAUGAAUGCAUGCUGUAUGGACACCUCAUGUAUUAUUCCUUUAUUCUAUGUCAGUGUUGAUUUCUCCAUGGCUAAGAAAUUAAUGCAGUCCAUUUUUUAUACCAUCACACACGAUUUUUGUAUUCAGCUCUUCAAAAUAUAUUUAAUUAAUUCAUCACCAUGUUGUACGACAGAGAUUUAGUUAAUUUACUCACAGAGCGUUAUAACCCUCAUGUGUCCUCAAUUUUGGGAAAAUGUAACGGACAAAUUGACAAUCACUGAUCAAUGACAGAGUCACAGAUCCCUGGCCAUAACACCAACUUCAUGCAUUAAACGUUAAACACACACUCCCUGUGCAUUAAUCUGCAUGUCACUGCAUCAAGGAUGCAUCUAAACCUCAAAUAAAGGUCGAUCAUGACCUAAAACACUUAAUUUUUCUCUGUCAUCCUUCCCACCCUCUGCCAUCCUUCCUAUUUUCUCGCACCGAUCUCACUUCAUUUUACUUUUAGUUGACUGACUUCCUCAUAAACCACUUUAGAUAGUGAGCAACCGAAGCCCUUUAAAAGAUCCAUCUCAUCUGUUAGUGUAAAUGUGCCAGAGUAGAGCGUGUUAUAUGGAGUGUGUCAUUCAGUGUGUCAUAUGGAUCUGCCUUAUUGCGCAUCUCUGCUGCCUUUCUUAGAGCUUUUAAUAUAUGAAAAUUGAAAUAAAGAGUCUGUUUAAUAUGUAUGUUGUAUAUUUGUUAUAGACAUAGUUUGAGUAUCAAUGUGGGGAAUGAAUGAUCACAAUGCUCAAAAAGAUGUAUAUUUGUGAAAUACCUGUGUGAAGACCUCAGAUGUCACGUUCACUUCUUUCUAUUUAAAAUUAUAUAUACCACCACCAGUGAAUUAUUAGGCAGACACAUCAGCAUUUUCAGUUAUGAAUGCACCCAAAAAAUAGUUAAGAAGAAGGAACUCGAGAUGUAGCCAUCACAGAAAUGACUGUCCUGAAAGCAUUAACAGUUCACUAUUGCUGCAUCCAGAAAUACAAAUAAUGUUAAGUUCUCAGAUUGUGCCUCAUAUAGAACGGGGGCCAUGGGGUUUUGUGUUACAAUAUGCCAUAUUCAGUUUUACUUAACAAUAUUUAAAAUAUGAAAUGCUGCAGAGUUGGGGUAAAACAACCACGCAAUAGUUACACAAAGAGUAACGUCUGAAAACAGUACUGCAUGUAGGCAGUGUGUGGAGGGAUGAGAAUGAGAGAGCAAAGAAGUGGACGGAUGAGUGGGUGAGCAGAUAAGAGAGAGGACUGGCGGUAAUGGAGAUCAAGAAGAAACGCUGGUAUUGAUGAUGAUGCAGAUGCAAACCUCCAGUGUUCAUAAUGAAAGUGAGGGUAGAUGAAAGCAAAAAUAUUGCUAUCAUAGGAUUUUAAUAAAUAUAUUUUUUUCCUUCAAAGGGUCUCACGAGGUUGCAUUUGGGAUGAUGGUUAAUUGGUAAGCAAAGAGGUUUGAUUUAUGUGUUAUACACUUACUUUGGGAUAUGCAUCAGUGCGAUUGAAUGCAAUGGUUUGAUCUGCCUUGGUCUUUUUUUACGAUACAUUUCUCAAAGGGCGUACAGAUGUGUUUGUAGACUCUCUCUUACUCACAUGUGGUUAUCCCACUUUUAUUCUUUUUAAACCACUGUUUCAUAUGUACCUGCCUUUUUAAUGUGCAAUACAAAGUGUCUGCCUCUGUGACGUUGCAUAGAUUCCUAUGUAAAUACCUAUGCCUCUUGUUAAAUUAUUUUUAGCUCUGAGUUUUCAAAGGCAUUUAAGUGUUAGUUCAUGAUGUUUCCAUAAGAAGAAAUCCAAAUGCCUGUGACAAAUGUAAUCCUAAAAUGCUUUUGAGUGUCCGGACCAGAGACAGUUUUCUAUACUGAGUGUGUAUCCGUCCCCUCUUUGUUUGUCAUAGAGAGUCAGGGCUAACUGUGCCAAGCAAACAUUGUCUACUUCCUGGCCAAGCUGCAAAGAUAUAAACAGGCAUACCUACAGUUAUUUUUGUUCUCUAAUGUUGGUGUGAAGUCGAGGGCUGUGUUUCUAUAAAACUUUUCUUCUGAUACAUUAUCAAGAAAUUAUGAACACAAUCUUUCCCAUCAUGACAGAACAGCAGGACUCUAACCUGUGAAGUAAUGUCAUUGUAAUACAAAUCUGUGACAUAAUUGUUAAAAGUGGCAAAAAUAGAAUUGCUGUAAAUAUCAAAGUUUUAAAAGAAAUGUUACUUGAUUGUCUUUCAUUAUUACAAUGGGAGAAUUCAAUUUUUUAAUGUAUUUGAAGUGGUCCUGUUCUCUUUUUUUUCAUGCCAUUUUGAACAACCCCAAACUUUGACUAUUAGAAAGAGGAGAGAACCACAUGUGUAUUUAGAUGAUACAUAUGAUAAUCUACCACAAAUAAUAUCCCAAUUUAAUCUGAAAUGUAUACAUGAUUAUACGGACAGCUAAAUCCAGUCAUCUGUUAAUUAUUUGUUUUGUUCUGAGUGCUGGUGGUCUUAUUUUUCUUCAGAUGUAAAGAUCAAGGACAUUUUUGACAAGAAGACAAAUGGAUGACAUUUUGAGAUUUUUUUUUCUUCCUUGGAAUAAAUCUGGUGAAAGGC